GUUCCGGAAGAUGAUUUAAUUCGUUUGGAAACUUAACCUUUUAAAAGUUAUUAAAUGAUUCCUACAAUUAAUCGUUCCUCUUUGGAAAUUCAUUUUUGUACAAAAUUGAAUGAGUCAUAGUUGCAAUAACCAUGUGUUGAUAGAUUAAGUUGUAAAUAGAAAACAGUUCCAUUAUAUAACCUUAAAAAGUAAAAGAAUGUAAUUUUACUAUAAUUAUUUUCAAACAAUGUCAGGUCUAGGUUUAAUUAGUACGUACGCUUCCGAUUCUGAAGAUGACGAAGUUAUUAAGGAUAACACUAAUAUAUCCGAUGCAGUUCCUAAGCGUCUACCUUUACCUGAAAGCAUUGCAACAUGGAAAGGUGUCCCACAUCAUGAGGAAGUCAAUGAUGAUCCUGUAAAACAUGAUGGACGAGUAAGAAGUUUCAAACACGAACGUGGCAAUUGGGCUACAUUGGUUUAUAUUGAUUAUGAACCUAGCGAAGCCAUACUUUCAUGGAUGCUGUCAGUAUUAAAAGACCUACCAAUUAAAUGUAAUAUACUUUCUGAGCAGUUUCACAUUAGUGUAACAAGAACUUUAGUCUUGAAAUAUCAUUGGAUUGAUUCGUUCGUAACAGAAAUUAAAAAAUUAUGUGAAGGGACAGAUCAAUUCAGUUUAGAACUUUUGAAUGUACGUGCAUACUGUAACGACGAAAAAACACGUACAUUUCUCGGGAUAGAAUGUGUAGAUUACAAAAGUGUCCUUGGUCAUUUUAUAGAGAAUCUUAAUCAUUUUCUUGCCGAAUAUGAAUUACCACCCUUUUAUGAGGAUACUUCCUACCAUAUUAGUUUUGCCUGGUGUCUGGGUGACGAAAUAUCAAAUUUAAAUAAUUUUACUUCUUCUUUGACAGUCAGGUUAAAUCAAUUUCUAGCUGAUCAUGCAGAAGAUAGAUAUGUACAUGUUGACAAGGUACAUCUGAAGAUUGCAAAUAAAUUAUAUGCAUUCAAAUUAAAAUAAUAAAUGACGAAUUAAGAAUUUUUUUACAAAA